AUGAAUACAGACAAAGCUGAUCAAGCUGUAAAACAGUGUACAGAUAAAGUUCGUGAUUUAAAACAGUCUUUAUCAAAUUUUUUAAUCGAAUACGAACAACGUGGUGUCCCAAACGGUGGAGACACAAUUGAUUUAUCAUGGCCAAAUUUAUUAGAUCAAAUGAAUGUCUUAUCUAGCCAAAUAACGACAAUUCGCAACACAAUUAAAGAUAAAUUGCCUAUCUUACGUUCACAUGGCAUCAUACCAAUGUGUUUAUCCCAAGAUAAAGAUCCACAAUUAGAACAGAUGACUGAGCGUCGUAUAACGACAUUUACACAUGAUUUUAUGCCAACACUAUUACGUACAAAAAAUCACCCAGAUAUCGAAGAAAGAGAAAAACAGUUGAUGAAUAUAAAUAAUAAAAAUGCUCCAACAACAACAAUUACAACACAAAAUGAUGUACAACGCCGUGUUCAAGAAUUAAAUUCUGUUAUUCAUAGUAUCACGAAUAUGUUUAUGAAAACAAAAGAAGCAACAGAAAAAACAGAAAAACAAUAUAAUUUACAACCUUACAAUAAUUCGGAAGAUACUAAACGUCUCAUGGAAGCUAUGAAUAGUGGAAUUGGACUAAAAAUAGCCGAAACACAAUCGGCAGUAACAACGUCGAAUACGGACGCAAUAAAUGCACAACCAUCGACGUCACAAGCACGUCAUGUAAACGUUCCACGCUUUGUUGCACGAGCGGCUAAUCGACGUUAA